AUAGUGCAAAACACCCGCAUAUUUACUAAGCACGUCACAAUGACCCAGUUUGACAGGAAACCUCGUCAAUUUAACCCUUCCCAUUAAAUAUGAAUAUAUAAAGGUUUUGGUUAACAAUUUCAAUAGUGUAUUCAUAAGCAGCGUUAGAAUAUUGCUGUAGGUGUUAGAAAGGUAAUAUGGCGGAGUACGGAGUAGCCUGCUUGUCCCCACUGUCACCGCAGAGGACUAGCUUAAAAACUGUGCUACAGAAGUCACUGGCUACACUUCACAAUAACUACAGGAAACAAACGGACCUCAAAGAGCUAGACCAGCAGUCCUGGAACCAAAAUAAGGCAAACCCAGAUUGUUUAAGUGAUCUUGUUCUGUCGUCUGCUGCCAGUUUAUGUGUUAGUUUUCCCUUCAGCGAGUUGGAUGGUUUGGAUAGUGAUCUGGAGACUGAUGAAGACAGCAGUACACCUAUUUUGUCCAGUCCCAGUCAGUCUCAGGGAAAUUUAGAUGCACAGCAAUAUGAUAGCAAUAAAACUGAGACUGAGGGCAUUGAGCCAGCAGAGGGCAGCACUGGACUAAAGCUAACCUCAAAGGAAGCUUGUGAUAACCUGUUGCAUUCCGGUCACGGAGUUGGUGCAGUAAACAACAGUGACAAAGAUAGGACUUCAUGUGAGGGUUCCCUUGCCUCGCCGCGGUCUGUUGAUCAUAAAAGUCAAAGAAGACCAAUGGAUUGUGAAGAGGAGUCUUUCAGAACUUUGGGUGAUGAUGGGGAUAAAGAACUAGAUGUACGUAGAGAUUUAGAAACAUGGCCUGAUAAGUCUGACUGUGAUUUGGACAAUAGGAAAUUAACCAAAGUCCCAGUUUCAUUUGUUCCAACAUCUGACCUACUAACUAGGACUGUUGUAAAAGGUACGACUCCAGACAUUGUGCAGGAAAGUAAGUCUAAAUCUGACUCUGAAAACACUUUUAAUUUACAUGCACCUAGUAUACUGCACGCUGGUAUAGAUAACCAGUUAUUGAAUACAGGAAAAUACUGUGAUCAAAACGGUGAUCAACAAGUUAGGUUUUGUGAAGUGAUGGAGAACAGGGAUAUUAUGCAAGACAUAAGUGUGGUACAGGCAAGGGAACCCCAGACUGAUGAUACUGCACUGUCCAAACAGGGUUCAACAACAAAAGAUCCCUUGGCCAUGCCUUGUUACCCUCUAACUACAUCUAUUGACAACAAUGGAGGGCAUGACAGCAAUACAGAGCUGUUGAAAAUGGAGAAGGACAAUGUUGAUGGCUCAAUAUCAAAGGAAGAGGGGAUCUCAGUUGAGGGCCAGUGCUCUCAGGAGACGGACACUGAAAUGAGUACAUUAAAUCCUAAACGGCCAAGAUUAGUAGAACUAGAGACCAUACCUGAGACUGAGACUUCAGAGGUUGUGGAAAAGUCAACUGAAAUAUUUCCCAGUGCUGCCAGACCUUUGGUGAUAGCAGAUGAAGAGGAUAGACAGGGAGUGGCAGCCAGGAGGGGCUUCUUUCAGAGAGGGUUGUCCGCUUCUGACAAGCGACAGCUUAUGAAGAAAAGUCGGAGCUGUGCGGUGGAUGAAGAAGAAGAAGAUGAAAUUUCACAGACUCAGCAGCCAAAAACCCCUGAUACCCCUGUCACACCUGCAAGUUCUGACACAGGAAAACCAUCUGUGCAUGCGUGGAUAAACAGCAUUUCAUCAGCAGAAUCCUUAGAUUCCCCUAUAAGCUCAAUAGGCCAGGAUGAACUGGACUUUGAGUUGUCAGAGGGACGUAAGGGUUCCUGCCCAGGUUCUAUAGAAGAUGAUCUGAGUCUGGGAGCUGAGGCUCAGGUCAUGUAUGCUGGACAAAUGGGGAUGCUAAACAGGCAGACCUCAGACCCAUACCAGAUACUUGGUCAUACUGAUGCUAGGCAACGUAGGACAGCCUACCUAAAGAACCAGUACAUGUUUGGGAACAGUUUUGAGUCUGUUAGGACCUCGUCUAGUCAAACUGUUUCAAGCAUUGAGAUGCUGCUAGAGCAGAGGAAAGGAGACCCAGAAGAAAUUCUUGAAAAUCUUGGUUUUGGUGGCAGUGACAAUGAUCGUCUUUCCACUAAACUACCUCUGCGCUUUCUGCUCCACCCUUCCCAGGCGCACGGAAUCAGCGUGGAAGACUUCCUGCAAGAAAAUGAAGAACUCCGCGACAAGCUGCACCAGCUCCAUGGCGGACCCUCAGGUAUACCACUGUGGGUCCUGCAAAGAUCUCAGUUCAACCGAGCCAUGUCCAUGCCAAUGGAUCAGAUCAUGACGCCAUCUUGGGUCGCAUAUCUCCAUCAGACGGCACCAAGGCAUGGGUCACUUCCAUGUUUUCGAGAUACUUUCCAAUUGUCUUCUACACUUGCCAGGAGAGAUAGCAUUCUCAGUGAGGAUAACCGGAAAGCCUUAGAGAAAAGGGGAUUUUAUCAGUCUCCAAAAGAUGACUCAUUUUUGCCUUCAAAAUCUUCCUUUGGAGAGAAACCUCCCCCCAUGAGACAGAGAAGCAAUACCUUUUCAGGGAUGACUGAACUCAAAAGGAAACAAUCUGAAGACCCUAAGUCCAAACCAAGGUCUGCCACUAAUCCAGAACAACGAGAAUCUCCCCCUACUGAUUUUAAGUUGAGUUUACCUAAAGAUGAUCCUGCUCAAAGAAAAUGUGUUCACCCAUCUGUGUUUGUGUUUGACGUUGAGGGAUAUCAGAAAAAUGAAACUUGUAAUACUGGUGCAGAUUUUUCUGCAUUGGUCCCAACAAGAUUUUUGUCCUCUGGGCAGCCACAGAACAGUAGUCAAAGUGAUGACACUGUAGACAAGGCAUCGCCAAAACGUAAGAAACUUCCUGUGUCAUACAACCUUGAACUUGAACCUGUAAAGGAAGAGCCAGAAAAAAGUCCCUCAGUUCAAAGUGUUAUUAUGGCUUUUCCUACAGACAGUGUAUUUGAUAAAGGAAAUGAAGAAACUCUUUCAAAAGACCAGCACCUCGUUGACACAACAAUUACAGAAGAUGAACAAAAAGAUCUGCCCAUGUGUAAAUCUGGAGAGGUAGUGGAAAUCAGUAUGCUAGAUGUUCCUGUUGAAACUGAGACUCUACCUAAUUCUACACCCUCAGAUAGCACAGAGGCGGAGCUUAAGUCUCCAGACAGCAAGGGGGUGGAGCCAGGGCCCAGUUCCGGUGUGACUGGCAGCAAAAUAAGACAUCCCAAACUACAAGGUAUUCUGCAUCAGGAAUCUUUGGAAAUUGCAGAACACAUGUCACAUGAGCAGCCUGUAUCCAAAGCAACUGAAGGUCUUCGUUGUAGUAGUGGCCAGUCAGAUAGUAGUGGUGUGUUCUCUGAGCAUAUGGAUGGGGAACAACAAGAUUUACGUUUACUCCAAGAGGCUCCACAGUUGCCAACCAGAGGCAGGUCGACUGCAUCAGAAACUGAAUCUGAAUUGACACCAACCCCUGCCAGUAGUUGUUUGACAUUAAGUGAAGAUGGCUUAGCCACUGAUGGCUAUCCUUCAGACAUUUCAAGUAGCCCUAGUGGCAGAGUCUAUAAAAUUACAUACUCAAUAGUGACUGCAGAUGAAGUUCCCCCCAACUCCCCAAAGCCCAAACUCAAGUUCAAACUGAAACAGAAGCACAAAGAACAUAGGAGUCGUCACUUGGAAAAUACAAAUUCAGCUGUAGGUGGUGAUGUUAUUCAAGAGGAGACACAUCAGGCAGUGAAGUCUGAAAAAGAGUCAGCACAUGGUGAUGAGGUUACCUCAAUAGCUGACAAUAAACAUGAUUUCGACUUUCAAGAAGAGAGUCCCAUGAAGGAAACAUCCUUGCAGAACAAUGGUGUUGAAGAAUUGGAGGCAAUUCCUUUUUCGAAGCGUGAUGCAGAAGAGUUGACUGUACUAACAUCUUUAUUGAAGGAACCAUAUUUGCGCAAGGUCUAUGGAGGGGCAUCUACGCGGACUCUCUUUGAUCGAUGGACCAAGAUCCAGUACAAGCAUCGACUUUUGGAGGAAGCAAAACUCAUACAAAAGGCAUUGCAGCAGUACCGUGGAGAGUUACAAAUGCUAGAAAAAAGACAAGUCAAUAAACCUUUCCAAGAUGGAAUGGAGGAAGAUCUGCAGUGUCUGGAUGAGUUAAAGAAAUUGAUCAAGGACGAGGUGUUCCAGUUAGAGCAGUCCUUGUCGCAGAGAAUCAAGAUGAUAAUAUCUGGUGAACCUCCACAACUGCCAUCUAUGGGACAUCUUCAGGUAGUGCAGCAGAUGAUAGGCCUGUUAAAGGAACAACACUACCAUCGCAGCGUAGAUGCCCAGUCUUAUCCACAGCCCAUGGUCAGUCCUAUGGUCAGUCAAGUCACCAUGACAACUGCCCCCUGGAUACCACCGCCUGGAGAAGACUACAUACAGGAAAUGCUGAAAUCUUCUCUGGCAGAGAUGAAGGUGGAUUUGUUCCAAGAACUAACUACACAUUUUUCGAGCGUAGUUGAUUCUCUUAAAAAAGAGCUGCAGGAAAGUGAUGAAGAAAUUGUUACCUUGAAAAAAAAGCUAGAGACGCUGAUGGAAGCUGAAACUUAUGAGACAGAAGUCUGAUGAACAGCCGUUUAGGAAUCAUUUCUUGCAUAUUUGUACUAAUUUGAAAAAAAAACACUUAAUCAUUAUAUUGUUCUUGAAGAAUGUACCUUGUCCAGUUUUAAACUGAAAAGCUUUAAGAAGGGGUUGUGUUAGAUUCAUCAGCAGUGCUGUAAAAUGAUAUUUUAGCUAUUAGAUUUCUCAUGAACAAGUUAAAAAAAAAUAAUGAUAAUAAUAAGCACACAGGUCCUUAACAAUAUGCUAACAAAACAUUGGAUUAUGCUACUACUUUUGACCAGAGGUAAUUGCUUUAUUGACUACAGAAACUUUCUUAAAUAUAUGGGAAUGGUCUUUGUAACAGACAAAUAUAAAAAUCAAUUAUGUCAGCAGGUAGAUUUGUUAAUGCUACAAUUGUUUCAGAUCUGACAUUCCAGUCCUUUCUAAAAAAAA